ACAGUAGCUGGUUUAUUAAAGUAAAUAGACAAAUUCUUUUAAUAAUUUGAGUAAUAACAUCUUAAGAUGCCGGCCCACUGCGCCGUAAUAAAUUGCAGUCAUAAAUAUGUGCACGCCGGUAGCAUUUCCUUUCACAGAUUUCCCUUUAAAAGGAAAGACCUCCUCCAGAAGUGGAAGGACUUUACCCAGCGGAGUGGUCAAUGGAUGCCAUCUAAAUGGAGUGCGGUGUGUAGCCGACACUUUGUUGAUGAGGACUUUAAUUGCAGCAAUAACAGGAAAACGCUUAAAAAGAAUGCCGUGCCUUCGGUCAGAGUGUCAGAUGAGGAAUCCCUAAAUGUACACGUGGAGCAAGUGUCCCCGAGUAGUAGGCCCAUUCACAAACAGACCCUGGCUAGUGCCGCUGAAUCGCCAGCAACAGGUGUUAAGGCUACUUGCCGCUUUUGUGGGACCUCUGCCACAAAUUGCUCCUCAUUUGACAAAAGUUUCGAGCUCUUUGGCAUGAUUCAGAAGUGCUUCCCCACACUGCAGAUCCUGCAGGACGACACAUUGCCCAAGGAUAUAUGCAAGGAGUGCUGUCUACAACUGGAGCGCUUUUCACAGUUCAUCGAUGUGGUAAUGGUGACGCAAAGUGAGUUGCAAAGGAAAUAUCGCCGCCAGCUGAAGAUUAAACAGGAACCCUUUGUCCGCGUGAAACAGGAAGCCUGCGAGAGUCUGGAUAACCUGUUUCCUGAUGAGCUGGACAUGGGCUUGGAACAGGACGAGGGUUGCGAUCAGGAGGAAACGGAACAAAAGUUCCAGUUCUGUGAUUUUCCAAUGUUAAAUUCGCAAGACAUUAUUAACAAUUGUGAUAUCAUGGAGAUUAUCAAUCUAGAUGAUCCGUUUAUCAAUAUUCCGGACGAUGCGGAUGUAGGGCAGUCGGAGAGAUCACAACCUCUUAGGCCGGCUAAUGAAAUGCUACAGAACGAACUUUUGACCGAAGAACAUAAUUAUGCCAAAGAAGAAUGGCAACUGCCUCCACAUCAGUAUAAAACGGAAAAGGUGGAGGGUGCAGAGCCUGUUCCAGAUACUGCUCCUCCUUCUGCCGAUCCACCAGCUGUUCAUGAUCUUAUACCUCCUCUAUCUGCUCCAGUUCCUCGCUCAUGCAAGCCUAUUGUGACUAAUGUUAGCCAAAUACCAAACCCUAUGAUCUGCGAACUGCUGCCACCACCUGCUCCUCCAACAUCUGUUAAACCCAACAUUGUUGUGCUAAACGAUAGUGUUGUCGAAUCCUCAGCGGCCUUUCGGCUUCACAAUUGCACCUUAUGCACUGCUAAAUUUAUAACUAUAGAUAGCUUAAAUCAGCAUUAUACCCAUAGUCACAGUAAUUCCACGCCCAUGGUCAGCGUUCCUCCGAUGAAUAUUAGUCUGCCCAGCUUGACAGUUAACCCACCGAUGAAACUAGAGGGCAACAGGGGUUUUGUGGCAACUGAGCAACUAGAUUACUGGCAGUCAGAGUGGCAAAAUAGUCCUAUCUCAACUCAACCCAGAAAAAAGAUUGAUAUUCUGGACAUGCAGAGUAGUUUCCUUCAUCACAAAGAUCUUAUACCGACGGCCACUCAUUUAACAGCACCUGCUCCUGAUCCUCAACUGGCUGCAGUGACUGCAAACUAUGCUAAGUUGGCUGUUAGAUAUCGCCAAUUGCAGCUGAAAUGUAAAAAUAUGAAAAGUCGUAAGAAGAGGGCCAGAAAAUCUUACAUUUGUCGGAUAUGUAAGGGAGGAUUUACUAGUUUCAGGAAGUUACAUUACCACCGUCGGUUGAAGACACACUUUGUAAAGUUAAUACCAAGCUUUGCGGGACGUUGUUGUGGUUGCUUAAAGCUCUUUCGAUCCCGGUUGGGACUUCGCCAGCAUAUGCGAUACAUUUGUCAAUCAUUGUCGCUUAAAAACCAUCGGCGUCUUCAGAGCUUCAAGUGCCGUCACUGCCAGGCCAUCGCCUUUGCCCAUUGGCGCCUGUAUCGUCGUCAUGAACUCAAUUGCAGGCCCAGAAAAUCGAAAACAAGGGUCCAGAUGUCGAAUAAUUCAAAAAAGAAAGUUACGCCUAUUCAGAUUUUUGCUUGCAAUAUUUGUAAAAAGUCAUUUGGAUCGCUGAACGGACUCCGCCAGCAUAAUAUUACACACUCGACGGAGCGGCAGCACAAGUGCGGCAUCUGCGACAGGGUUUUCAAGCGGCGAAACGGUCUAUCUCAACACAUUAAGGGCUACCACCUGCAGCUCAAGCCGCAUGAGUGUCCUGUCUGCCAGCAUCGCUACGCCCUGAAAUGCGAUAUGCUGAGGUGUAGACAUUCCCUUCGAAAAGGACCAACUGCCGGGGAGUAACAGGAAGUCAGGAAAUAACUGAUA